AAUGGGUCCGAACUUCUGACUUACUUGACUUUUCUUGCCUGUACCAACUUAAGCAAAAUUUCAGCAUGGGCAACAGUAGUGACUUGGUCAAUGGAUGUUUUGUGACGGGAUGUCCUUGGCUACGCGCUGAUCAGAAUCAUCCACAGGCGCCUCUAAAGAUACUCAUGCUUCAUGGACACGGGCAAUCGGGUCAAAAAUUCUACUACAAAACCCGCAUUUUCCAUGCAGCGAUUCAGAAACAAAUUUUCUCUCUAACAAACAAGCCAGUUGAGUUUGUUUACCUGGACGCUCCGAUCUGUCAAAUUCCGGGUGACUUUGAUUCACGGAUAUGGGUAUACGGUAGCCAUGAAGAAGCUGGGAUUCGAGGCUUGAACGAGAGCAUUCAACAUAUCAUGAGCGCUCUUCAGAACAGGGGCCCAUUUCUAGGAAUAAUGGGCUUUUCGACUGGGGUGACAUUGGCAGUUAUUAUUGCCUCGCUACUGGAGAACCCUAAUAGACACGCGGAGUUCAAUGUUAAGGCACAACAACCACCCCUACAAUUCGUUGUGGCAUACAGUGGUUUCAUGCUGUCUCAUCCGGUCUACAAGUCCUUAUAUUAUCCCAAGUUACAGACUCCUAUUCUGCAUUUAAUCGGAACGCUAGAUUCCAUGAUCGCAGAGCCGUUGACCCUGCGUUUAGCCCAGCAAUGCCAGACCCGGAAGAUCCAGUAUUUUGCGGGCGGGCAUUUUGUUCCUCGCCACUCGGAGAUAGUCUCCGAGGUUGCUGAUUUUAUUGGGGACUCUUUCGGUUCCGGAAUAAUGUUAAAGACCGGGGGUGAUUGA